UUCGUCCUUCGCGGAGGAUUUCGGCUGCUGCUGGUGGUGGACAGGACGGGCCAGGACGGAUUCGUGCGCAGUCCCACACAGACGACGGCGCCGUUCAGACGUCGGGACGCUCUAUAAUACUGAUUUCAGGAUGAUGGUUUCAGUGUGGUAUUUGGUAGUGUUGCUCGGCGUCGGCUUUGCGGGUUGCUGCGAGCUCGAGGACGUUUUCAACGAGAGACAGGUGAGCGUCGAGGAGAGCGCGCGAAGUGCCGAUGUCAUUUUCAGGGGACUGAGCGCUGCGACGCCCUCGAACGACGCCGGUGCGAAUGAGAUUAGCGGCGGCGUCUUCACCGCUUACUUUGAACUUACCAACACUUACAAAGGGGCUGAUUCACUCGAUAUCCUCAACAACUUCAGACAAGUGAAUGUAACGAUUUCUGGGAGGCCGCUCUCCGAUUGCGGAACUCGUGAUGACAUCCCGAGGGAAUACAUAGUGUUCUGCAAGAUGUCCAGAACAGCUGGUCGACAUCUGAGUGCUUUGGCCGUCGCCAAGUGGGACGACGACACCGAUCAGAGGGUCUGGUCUGCGUUAGGAUGGAGCAGUUGGUCUGAUUGGUCGGGAUGCAGCGUCACGUGCUCCGCUGGAAUCCAGCAGAGGAGGAGAACCUGCCUUCGUCCUCCGUGUCCUGGCUUCAACGUUGAACAAAGGCACUGCAAUCUAUUCGGAUGCUAUAAUGUCGUAAAUCCGUUGGCAAUCGAAUCGCAGUAUUUCCAUCCGUCCAAGGACCAUUGGCGCAGGGUGCCGGAUCGUCCAGACGCCUGGCGUCUUGCUCCAGACUCCUACAUUUGGCUCCCGUCGACGCAGCUUUUCCCCAACUCGACCUUCCCCAAGGAAUUCGCCCUAUUCAUUACUCUCAGACUAUUAAAUGUAAGUAACAGACACGACACCAGGUAUAAUGAGUCCGAGGCCCGAGAGCAACACAGAGAAUACUCACGAGAUAAUACCGGGAACCUUACAGCUUAUUACUACACACAAGGGAUGCAGAAGCGAAGACAGGAAGUAAGAGAAGAGAGUAAAGACAGAGCGGGUACAGAUAUGUUGCAGCUUAUAUACCCUAACCGGGUAGUACCCUUAUCAGACCCUCCCGGAAUAUCACCUGCGGGCUGGAGUGGAGCGCAGCGUAACGGGCUUGUAGGUGAUGUCAUAUAA